GAUUAUUUUUUGGAUGAAACGUUAUUGACAAUUAAAAUGACUGAUUGUCCAGAAGCAGAGAAGAAUGUUAAAGACCCUAUGAAAAGUUAUGAAUUUGAUGGUCAAUCUUACAUAUAUAAGGAUCCUACAACUAAUGUAACAUACCGAUUUGAUCAAGAAAAGAAUGAAUGGAUGAUAAAAGAUACAGAAGAAACUAAAGAGGAAGAUUCAAGUGGUAGUGAAGUUAAGGCACAAGAGGGAGUGUUUGGUUUUGAAAAUGAUACUCACACAUAUACAGACCCUAAUGAUGGCAGUGUAUAUUUUUGGGACAAGGAGAAAAAUGCCUGGUUCCCAAAGGUGGAUGAAGAUUUCAUGGCAAAAUAUCAGAUGAGUUAUGGAUUUACAGAUUCAAGUACAACAGAAACAAAAAAUGAGCAACAACCUCAAUCACAAGUAAAAGUUGACAAAGAAAAGAAAAAACUGGAAGCUAAAAGAAAAGCGCAAGAGCCACCAACUUGGUUCGAAGUGGAUGAAGCACAUAAUACUGCCAUUUAUGUCUCUGGCCUACCACUAGAUAUCACCAUGGAAGAGCUCACAGAACUUUUUAGCAAGUGUGGUCUCAUAGCAAGGGACGAGAAAGGAAAGAACAGGAUCAAGUUGUACAAGGAUUCAAAUGGACAACCAAAGGGCGACGCACUGUGUAUCUACAUAAAGGUCGAAUCGGUGGAUUUGGCGUUAAAACUCUUGGAUAAGUCGCAAAUCAGGGGUAAAACGUUGGCUGUGCAGAGGGCAAAGUUUCAGAUGAAGGGAGACGCUUACGACCCGGCCUUGAAACCGAAACGGAAAAAAAAGGAUAAGGAACGACAGAAAAAGUGGCAAGAAAAGUUGUUCGACUGGAGGCCAGAGCGUGUUCUAGGUGAGCCACAGAAACACGAAAGGGUUGUAAUUAUAAAAAAUCUGUUCUCCCCGGAGGACUUCGAUAAAGAAGUCUCGCUGCUGCUGGAGUAUCAGCAGGACAUCAGAUCGGAGUGCCUAAAAUGCGGAGAUGUUCGAAAAGUUAUCAUUUACGACAGACAUCCUGAAGGCGUUGCACAGGUGACAUUCCGAGAACCGGCGGAAGCACAAGCUUGCGUUCAAUUAUUGAACGGCCGUUGGUUCAGCCAGAGGAAAAUAUCGGCUGAAAUCUGGGACGGCAAGACCAAGUACAAGAUUACAGAGACGGACGCGCAAAUCGAGGCGCGAAUCGCGAAAUGGGACGAGUAUCUGGAGGAGGCCGAGGACGAGGAGAAGAAGCAGGAGUCGGGAAAGAAGAAGGACGCGCAGAAACCGGAAGGGAAGUCUCAUGUUCCGGGGAGAAAGCAGCAGGCUGAAUCGACGAUGAUCAAAGGCUCGAAAAAAUUCGAAACGUCACAAACGACGAAGAUUGCGGAAAACGCGAAGAGACUCGACGCGGCGGAAGAAAUAGAAACGUCGUUGAAUUCCAAGGAUUCGCAGAAGGCGCUUAGAAAUAAUGAAUAAAAUAGCGAAAAUUCCGGUAGAGGAGAUUUGAUCGCGGGACGAGGA